UACGCCUGUCUUCGUAUCGCGACUAAACGGCAUGCACGACCUUCAGAUGGCCACUGCGCCUCUCACACGUCGCGUGUAACUUAAAGGAGUCGGAGUCCGCAGGCUUUCAGGUAGCUCCAAGAGAGAUCUGCUGUAGGUCAUCAGCGUCUUGGUUCUUCUGUCGCUAGUCCUGCUCACAUUGUGGUUACGCCUGGAUCUAAACAGAAACAAAGUUACUACGCCCCUUUCUGAACAAAGAAAUCUAAACGUCAACUUAAAACAAGAGGAAAAUGCAUGCAAGACACGAGACUUCAGACAAGAGCGGCAGGCUGUUCCAGCGUCAUGUGUCAGUCAUAGGAGAGGUCAUUGAGACCAGUAGAUUGAGACCAGCUGUCUUCACUGUUAAGUCAACAUCCGACGUCGAGCCACACCACAGAAUAGAGUCGAAUAUUUUCUAUGACAAUCUGAAGCCAUUUAUUUUUGUUAUGCGUGCGAUGGGCGUAUCUCCUGUGCGUGUCACAUCUAAAGGUGCAGUGGUUUUCUCGUGGAUGUCCCUCGCGAUGCUGUACUCAGCGUGCCUCUACUUGCUGCUGUGCCUUGGCGUGUGGUUCACCAAUGAGAACCGGAUGCAGGCCAUAAGGAACGCCAACGGACGCUUCGAGGACUCUGUGGACGCCUACAUGCUGUUCGUGUACCUCGUGCCACUCGUCCACCUGCCCUUUACUCACUGGAGGGAAGCUUCCAGAAUGGCCACCUACAUGAACAACUGGGUUCAGUUCCAGAAUCAGUAUGACCGCGUUACGGGUGAGGGCCUGACAAUCCCACUGAAGUGCCAGUGUCUGACUACAGUGCUGCUCACAGUGGGGCUGUCGCACAUCAGCAUCCUGGCCAGUUACUUCUUCACAGCCACGUCGAACAAUACCGUGCCGGAGGUAUUUCUCUACUCCUACCUCGCCACUUUCAGCAACCUCACUGGUUUCUUCUGGUACUUCAUGUGCGCUGCCUUGAGAUGUGCUGCCAUUAGACUCGAGGAAAGUUUAUUCAAGAAGCUAGAGGCAAGCACCACGAGAGCCACAGUGCUGGCAGAUUACAGAAUAUUAUGGCUCGAACUGAGUCAUCUGGCGACCCAGACCGGUAUCGCGUUCUGUUACACGUAUGGCUUCUACCUGCUACAUCAUUUCUUCAUGCUAACUCUCUCGACCUACGCCACUCUGUCCGAUACCCUGAUUGGGACGUUUGGGAACAACAUCCCGGUGGCAACGUGUGUCUUCAUAUCGAGCUUUAUGAUCUUCACCGUAUGUGAAGGGGCCAACGGCGUCGUGCUCAAAGUUCAAGUAUCAUUCCAGAAAAAGCUACUCAGGUAUGAUAUUGGUAACGACCACACGGAUACUUGUCGUGAGAUAAGCACGUUCCUCCAGACCAUCUCCGCUGAGCCACCCGUCAUCUCUCUUGGAGGGUACGUCAGGAUCAACCGAGAGUUGCUCGUAGCGUUCGGCUCCACGCUUGUGACGUACCUCAUUGUACUCCUGCAGCUGAAGUUCACGGUGGGUGGGCCCACUCAGCGCCCCUCCUGAAGGAUCAACUGCAGCUGCUAUCUACAGUGUCCCUCAAGUUCGCCUGACCACGCUGAACUUUUAAUACCAAUUUAUAUGAUUUCCUGCGACAUCUUUCUGAAGUCAUUUAUUUGUUUUUCAGCCAGUCUUUCAUUUUCAAGACUUGACUCAGUAUCUGAGGACAUGUCCCAACAAAAGCAAUGUGCUAAGGUGACGGUGAGUGGCGGACUGUCAGGGAAUCGGAAGAUUACGACCCUGUUCUACUGGGGAUGCUCACCGAAUAUUUUCGAAAUGAGACUGAGGAAACCAACGAGAAACCCCAGCGGGUGUAUUACUGGUAUUCGUGACGGUUAAUCUUGAAGCGACAGAGAUGCAUAAACGCUGUACCAAUUAGGACGGUGAAUUUAUAUCUAAUUAGGAAAGCAGCUUCGCCAAAAACUUCAAUGGGUUAUAGACAUUUCAAUAACUGAAAACAGAUGGGUCAGUAAACUCCACGCCUCUCAUGAGGUCCUUGGCUUCUUUACAGAGUUCGCAACAGCCUCUACUCUCUACUGAGCAAGUUCUAUGGUCUUAACAAAAUCAUAGCCAACUUCAUUU